CACAGUCACCAGUACCAAUACUUACGGUAGAUUACGUUCUCGUCUCCGGUCCUCGUCACAAGACACCCAAUCGCAUUGUCACCAAGAACCUUCGAUUACUUUCUUCUUACGAAUACAAGUACAACGAAUACAACUAAGACAACGAAUCGUCUUUCCAUAAUCAAUUUCCAAUUCCAUUCAACAAUUCCCUUUCUACAUUCAUCAAUACAACUCUUCGAAUUCAUCAUUAAUCUCAUCGAUAAUACUCAAGUCCUCUUCAAUUAACAUACAUACCAUUAAUCAUCCAUCAUGUAUACUCCUUCAAGCGCCACUUCAUCCAGAUCCGCCUCCCCAGAAUUACAAUCGGAAUCAAUGCAAAUCUUUGUUAAAGUUUUGUCCGGUGACACUAUACCCAUAACUGUUCCCGAAGACACCACCAUCUCAAACCUCGCCCAUCUCCUCUCUAUCCGCACAUCCUCACCAUCGUCAACGCUUCGUCUCGUACACGCUGGAAGACAUUUACAGCCAUCUUCCACUCUCACCUCGAAUAACAUUACUCGAGACUCGACAAUCCACGUUGCAGGAACACUGAGAGGCGGUAUGCCACCUAAGAAGAUUAAGUGUAACUACAAGGACUGCGGAGUGGCAGCACAAAGAAUCGUAGGACACUGUGGAUUCUGUGAAGGCGAAUUCUGUGGGAAGCACAGAAUGUUGGAGGAUCACAAGUGUGUGAAAUUAGAAGACUGCAAGAAGGAAUGUCAUGACCGAAAUGCAGCUCAACUAAAUGCCGAGCGAACCCAAGUCAUCAAGGGUAUCUAGGCACCUCAUUCUCACCUGAGAAACGCAUCCCGCCCGAGAUUGUAUACCGAGGGACAAGAGACAUACCUGCUCGAUCGGCAUUUUGACCAUCGAACUCUACUUUACAUGGAAUCCAUGUCAGUAAUCUAGGUUUCCCCAAAGUCGCUUUUAGCCACCAGCGAUAAUACAUCUCGGGUCGAGAUCACCUCUAUUCACCCGCUCAACAUACCAAUUCUCUUCGUUUAUAUUAUGGGUUUUAGCGGGCGUAAGGAACUAGCAUAUUUAACAUCUUCGCUUCUGUUCCAUCAAUUGCGUUUUCAAGUCCAUCUAUCUCUAUUUCCUAGUGGCUAUUGGGAGUUUUGAUGGUUUUGAUGCGAUUAAAGGGGUGGUUGGCUUUAGGUGUAUGGGUGGUAAUAUAGUUGAGAUUAUCUUUCAUGGGAGAGAUAGGGUCGAUUUUUUAUAUAGUUUUUGAAUCAAAUUACAUAUCCG